CGGCAGCAAAUCAGCGAGGGGCGGCCGGCGCAUAAGAAGGGCCGGCGGCAGCGGGCGCCGUCCCUCCGGCGGCGGCAGGAUGCACCAUGAGGAGCUGGCGCCCUUGCAGCGGCCCCGCUAUGGCUCUAUUGUGGAUGAUGAAAGGCUUUCAGCAGAGGAGAUGGAUGAAAGGAGACGUCAGAACAUUGCUUAUGAGUACCUCUGUCACUUAGAAGAAGCAAAAAGGUGGAUGGAGGUCUGCUUGGAAGAAGAGCUGCCCCCUACUACUGAGCUGGAAGAAGGCUUAAGGAAUGGUGUUUAUCUUGCCAAGCUUGCAAAAUUCUUUGCCCCCAAUCUGGUGUCAGACAAAAAGAUCUAUGAUGUGAAGCAGGAACGUUACAAGAGAUCAGGACUUCAUUUUCGACACACUGAUAACACCGUGCAGUGGCUAAGAGCAAUGGAGUCUAUUGGUCUGCCUAAGAUUUUUUAUCCAGAGACUACAGAUGUCUAUGAUAGGAAAAACAUACCUAGGAUGAUAUAUUGCAUUCAUGCUUUAAGUUUGUAUCUGUUCAAACUAGGAUUAGCGCCACAAAUUCAGGACCUACUGGGAAAAGUAGACUUCACAGAGGAAGAAAUCAGCAACAUGCGAAAGGAGCUAGAGAAGUAUGGCAUACAGAUGCCAUCUUUCAGUAAAAUUGGUGGGAUUCUGGCCAGUGAAUUAUCAGUUGAUGAAGCUGCAUUGCAUGCUGCAGUGAUAGCAAUUAACGAAGCUAUUGAGAAGGGAAUAGCUGAGCAAACCAUUGCAACUCUGAGGAACCCAAAUGCAAUGCUGCUGAAUGUGGAUGAGGAACUUGCUCAGGACUAUCAGAAUGAGCUCUUUGAUGCUAAAAGGAGAAAACAAUCAAGUGCAAGACUUAAGGUAAAUGGCACAAUCUCUGAAGAGGAGAGAGAUGUCUAUGAAGAACUGCUGACACAAGCUGAGAUUCAAGGCAAUAUCAAUAAGAUCAACAUUCACAUGGCUUUAGUCCAAGUGAAUGAGGCUAUUGACCGACAAGAUGAAGUGGCACUGAUGGCAGGUUUGAACCAUCCUGCUUUGAGCCUACUUGAAGUUCUGCCACAAAAUUCCUCUUGGUACCUAUUGCAAUUGUGUGAUUCUAAAGAACAGAAAAUACAGAUAGCAGGGGUUCCAAAUAUGCUCGACAAAAGUGAAAUACAGAAAGAAGUUAGUGUUGUCAAUGCGGAAGCUGAGGCUCACAAGCUUAAACUUAUAGCAGUUGACAAUAUCAAUACUGCAAUUCGUAACUGUGAUCCUAAUAAAACACUGGUUGCACUGAUGAAACCGGAGGCACAGCUGCCUGUUGUUCACUCAUUUGCUGCUGUUGUCUAUCAGACUGAGCUGUUCAACCUCCAACAACAGAAUGCUGUGAAUUACCUGGCACACGAUGAACUGUCUGUUGCAGUAGAAAUGUUGUCAGCUGUUGUGUUGCUAAACCAGGCCUUGGAAAACAAGGACAUCCAAAUGAUAAGGAAUCACCUCAGAAAUCCAUGCAUUGGCUUCAAUAAUCUGGAAGAAGAAAACUUGCAACGUUAUGCUGAUACACUAUUGUCUAUUAAGUCAGAGGCUUCAUCUCAAGGCCAAGAUUAUUUAAGCUGGAAUGAUAUCCAGAACUGCAUUGACAUGGUUAAUAUGCAAAUUCAAGAAGAAAAUGAAAGAAUUAUUGCAAUUAACCACAUUAAUGAAGCAAUUGACCAAGGAAAUGCUGAAAAAACUCUAGAAGCUCUACUGAUGCCUACAGCCAAGCUGCAGGAUGUGAGACCAGAAAAUGCAAAGCAUUAUCAGGAUGUUCUGCACCACGCCAAAACACAGAAACGCAAGGAAACCCAAGAUGAAUCAGCAGUUCUGUGGCUGGAUGAAAUACAAAAGGGAAUCAGUGAUGCCAAUAGCAAUAUAAAAGAAGCUGCAAUCUUGGCUGUUGGGAUUUCAAUGAUUAACAAGAGCUUGGAGAAAGGUGAUUCACAGCCAAUCCUGAUGACACUGCAGUCCAAGUUUGGCUUACGAGUUGCUUCAGAAUGUGCUGAAACUUAUUUCAAGAACCUCUCAGAAGCCCAAAAGCUGAAAACAAAAGAUGAUUCUAAUGAAAGUCCAUGGAUUAAACUCAUAAUGCAAAAUAUGUAUAGUUACUACUACAAUGUGGAAACUGAGGAAGGUACCUGUGCUGUCCCUGAAGGAGUUGUACCAAAAACUUCCUGGUUAACUGCUGAAGAAAUCCAGAACAUUGUUGGGCAAGUUACAGCAGACUACAAUCGGGAGCAGUUGUGGCUUGCUAAUGAAAGUCUGAUUGUUCAGCUGCAAGCCCAAGCAAGGGGAUUCUUAGUCAGAAGGAAUUUUCAGGACAGAAAAGCAUACCUCCAAAACCAGGAACCAUCUGCCAUCAAAAUACAGGCUUUCUGGAAAGGAUUCAAACAAAGGAAAAGCUAUGUUGACAGACUAAAGGUGCUUCAAAGCAAUGUUGCUGCUAUUGUCAAGAUUCAGUCGUGGGUCAAAAUGUGGCUAGCAAGGACAGCUUACAGAAAGAGGCUGCAAUACUUCAAGGAUCAUAAUGAAGAAAUCGUGAAGAUACAAGCAUUUCUCAGAGCAAACAAAGCCAGGGAGGAUUACAGGACACUAAUUGGUGCUGAAAAUCCACCCUUGCCUGUCCUGCGCAAAUUUGCUUACCUCUUGGACCAAAGUGACUUAGAUUUUCAAGAAGAACUGGAAGUAACAAGAUUAAGGGAAGAAGUAGUUACAAAGAUUCGAUCCAAUCAACAGCUGGAGAAGGACUUGAAUUUAAUGGAUAUAAAGAUUGGACUUCUGGUGAAAAACAGAAUCACUCUUCAGGAUGUGGUAUUACAUAGUAAGAAGCUUAAUAAAAAGAGCAAAAGUCAGCUAGAAGAGAUGGUUAUGGUUGACAAACAGGGUAUAAAAGGCUUGAGUAAAGAGAGAAGAAAAAAACUGGAGGCUUAUCAACAUUUAUUCUACCUUUUACAGACUAAUCCCACCUAUCUGGCGAAGCUGAUUUUCCAGAUGCCUCAAAACAAAUCAACCAAAUUUAUGGAUACAGUCAUCUUCACUCUAUACAACUAUGCAUCCAACCAACGAGAAGAAUAUCUACUUCUCAAACUUUUUAAAACUGCUUUAGAAGAGGAGAUAAACUCUAAGGUAGACCAGAUACAGGACAUUGUCACUGGAAACCCUACUGUCAUUAAGAUGGUUGUCAGCUUCAACCGAGGUGCUCGUGGACAGAACACUCUGCGCCAGCUCCUGGCACCAGUGGUGAAAGAGAUCAUGGAGGAUAAAUCCCUCAUAAUCAACACUAGUCCCGUGGAUGUGUACAAGUCAUGGGUAAACCAGCUAGAAAUGCAGACUGGUGAGGCCAGUAAAUUGCCAUAUGAUGUUACCACAGAACAAGCAUUAGCGCACACAGAAGUUGUCAAUAAACUGGAAUCAUCGAUUCAGAGUUUGCGAGCUGUCACUGACAAAGUUCUCACAACUAUAUUCUCAUCUCUCAGUAUGAUGCCUUAUGGAAUGAGAUAUAUAGCCAAAGUUCUGAAGAGCUCACUCCAUGAGAAAUUCCCAGAUGCAACAGAAGACGAACUGCUAAAGAUUGUUGGAAACCUCCUUUACUAUCGCUACAUGAACCCUGCCAUUGUUGCUCCUGAUGGUUUUGAUAUAAUUGAUAUGACAGCUGGGGGCCAGAUACACCCUGACCAGAGGAGGAAUCUGGGUUGUGUGGCAAAAGUCCUUCAGCACGCUGCUUCUAACAAACUCUUUGAAGGAGAGAGUGAACAUCUGUCAUCUAUGAACACUUACCUCUCACAGACAUACCAGAAGUUCAGGAAUUUUUUUCAGGCAGCAUGUGAUGUUCCUGAACCAGAGGAGAAAUUCAAUAUCGAUGAAUACUCUGAUAUGGUGACCCUCAGCAAACCUGUCAUAUAUAUCUCUAUUGAAGAAAUUAUCAAUACCCACUCGCUUCUAUUAGAACACCAGGAUGCCAUUGCCACUGAACCAAAUGACCUACUGAACGAACUGCUGGAAGGGCUGGGACCUGUUCCUGAUGUGGAGUCUUUCCUUGGGGAAGGGUCUGUUGAUCCCAAUGACCCUAACAGGGAAAGCACGCUAAAUCAGCUUGCAAAAACAGAGAUUUCAUUGUCUCUAACAAGCAAAUACGAGUUACGAGAAGGUGAAGAUCAGGACCUCAAAAGCCUGAUGAUAAAGACCAAAAGACUUAUUGUGGAUAUGAUACGAACACAGCCAGGGGAUACACUCUCAGAAAUAUUAGAAACAACAGCUACUGCACAACAGGAAUCUGAGCACUCGAAACUUGUGGAAAAACGUGCCAUUUUAGAUUCCAAAACUCCAGAGAAAAUGAAGCGCAGUCAGUCUAUUUUUGAAGAUGGGCAGCUACCAAUAGAACAAAAGAAAAGGAAAAUUCAGAGAAAUCUCCGGACUUUGGAACAAGCAGGAUUAGUCUCUUCAGCAACAAAGUACCAAGAAAUUAUAAAUGAGAUUGCUAAGGAUAUCCGGAAUCAAAGAAGAUACAGACAUCACCGAAAAGCUGAACUGGUGAAACUUCAGCAGACUUUGAAUGCACUUAACUCCAAGACAGCAUUUUACGAAGAACAAAUUAAUUAUUACAACACCUAUAUAAAAACUUGUUUAGACAACUUAACAAGAAAAAAUUCAAGGAGGUCAAUUAAACUAGAUGGAAAAGAGGAGGUGAAGGGCAGCAAGAAAUUGAAGCAGGCAUCAUUAAAGUACACUGCUGCUAGGCUGCAUGAAAAGGGUGUUAUCCUAGAAAUUGAAGAUCUUCAAACCAACCAGUUUAAGAACGUGAUGUUUGAUAUCACACCUGGAGAAGAAGUGGGUGACUUUGAAAUCAAAGCAAAAUUUCUGGGCGUCGAGAUGGAAAAAGUGCAGCUUCACUUCCAGGAUUUGCUUCAGAUGCAGUAUGAAGGUGUGGCUGUAAUGAAAAUGUUUGACAAAGCUAAAGUGAAUGUUAAUUUGCUCAUAUUCCUGUUGAAUAAGAAGUUCUAUGGAAAAUGAGUGUCUUCGGAUAUCAUGGACUACAUUCAUCAGUAGGAAGUCUACUCAGUAUUUUUUCUUGCUUUUAAACAUUUGAAAUUUGUGAUUGGAUGCUUUUUAACUUUAAAAAAACUAAAACACCAAAUAUUCAGAGGAAUGUACACAGUGCCUUUGCAUCGUUGAUAUUAAGCAAAAAAAUAGGAAAUAGAAUAUUUUAAACACUUCCAGAUCUCAUUGGUGUUGGUACCUUCCAAUCAAAAACAUUGUUUAGGACAUUCAGCUCUUGUGGAUAUUAAGUAGACAAAUUGAAUUUAGUUGAAUAUAUAUGCCUCUUCCUAUUAAAAACAUUUUUAAAUGACCUCAGAUAUAUAAUAUAGUUUGUAUUAGACUUUUAAGUAUUUACCAAAAGAAAUCCUGAUUUGUUUCUAGGGGAUAGCUUGCACAAAUAUUUAGUUACAUACUAAGCCUAUUUUCUGGCAGUUGUCAAUUGAAAGAAAACUUAUUGUGCAAUUCAAAAAAUUUUAUAGGUAAUUAUAAAGUGACAGUAAUGUUUUACUUUGGAAAAAUAUGUUUUGAUUCAUUCCUACUAAAUAAAAUGCACUACUGCCUUGUGUAAAAUGACAUUUUCUACAUUCAUGACUUUUUGAGUGGCAUGGGGGUAUCUGAACGGUAAACAGCUGUUCAGUUUGAAGUAUUUGAAUACAUAAAUUGUGCCUGUCUGUCUUUUUUUUUUUUUUUUUUUUGUAAGAAAAUAAAUGCAAUAAAAUCAGUAUUUAGAUUUUUUAAAUAUUCUUUGGAGAUUGUUCUAUGUAAAAUAAAUUUCAGUUAAUUAAACUGGCUUGGUUCCUAAAUUACAUUUAAAAAGGUAAUUAAAGUAACAACCCGGAUGGUAAUGAAAGAACUUUUUUCAGCAUUUUUAUAAAAUAAAAUUUAAACGUGGUUGUCCUUAUAGUGCACUUUGGGAAGACUUUUCAGCAGUGAAGACUUCAUAACCUCUUUAUGCGUUUGGAAGUGAUGGUGAUUUUUCUGAUAAAACAGCAAUUACAUCUACAGAGCAAGAGCUUGUAGAGGGAGUAAUGUAAUAUACAAAGUGAGGGGAAAUAGCUCCUACUCUUGCUUUCCUUGUGGCAAAUCACUUUAAAGAUGAAAGUGAAGUGAGGCACUCUGGAAUAGAUUGUAAAAGCGAAUAUACAGAUAACAAUUCUGAAGAUGAAAUAAAACUCAAGUUAGUGGCAGAUAGAUACUGAUUUGUUUACAAUACAAGCUGAAAAAAAGAUGACAUUUAAUAGAGGUAGUCCUUAGGCACAGCGUAAAGUGUGAGCACUUCACUACUUUACUUAAAAACAGCUAAUAUUCCUAAGAAAAACAAACAGCUCCUUUUUCUUCCAGCUAAUUAUACUGCACUUGCCAUUUAGCAUUUAUUGGCUAUGCUGAUGUUACUCUUUAGCAUUAACAUCCAGGUUCUCCUAAAAUAGUUGGUAGGGAAGCUGAAAGUAGCACAUAGAAAAGGUCAGUUGGAAGGGACCUGCAAAGACAAUCUAUUCCAGCCCUCUAGUGCGAUCCCUUCAGGGAGCUGCAGGGAGCAGUGAGAUCCUCUCAGCAUUCUCUUCUCCAGGCUGGGCAAACUGAGUGUUCUCAGCCUCUCCUCCAGCCCUGUUGCCAGUUUUCUUGCCUCCUCUGGAUGCUUUCAAGUAUCUUUAUAUCCUUUUUAUGUUGUGCAGCUCAGAACUGCACACAGUAUUCAAGGCAAGGCUGCUCCAACACUGACUGCAGUUGGAGAGUCUUGACCAUGUGGCUGUGCUGUGCCAAUGUGUGAUUUGCUCAGGCUGAGCCUGCUGGCACCAGCAGCCCCAGGUCCCUUCCUGCUGAGCUGCUCCCCAGUCACUCAUCUCCCCUCUGUGCAUUUUCCUUGCUUGCUCCUCAGUCUUGCUCCAGUGUCUCUGAAUUCUUCUUCAAGGCCUGCUUAGCUCUAAUGUGACUAGAACCUUUAUUGGUUAUCUGCUAGCUGCACCUGAAGUACACUUGCUUACUAAAAGUUUUUGGGUUCCCAGGUAAUGUAGGGAAUGUAAGGUCUUUAUGCUUGGUGUCACCUCUUUCAGCCUUUUACUGACAUUCCUGCUUUCCUACUACACAUCAAAGAGUAGCUUCCAUUUAAUUUGUGAUCUCCUUUAGAAGCUUUUUUUUCUUAAUUAGCUGGUUGUUUGUCACUGAACAAACAAUAAACCCACUAAACAAGACGGACCACAAUGGCUCCUACCUAAAUAUAAGAUUGACAGGAACUACCAGGUACCAUGUAAUUGGCAGAGCAAUUCCGUACCUGUUAAACUGGCAGUUCUACUAAAAAGUACAAAAAAUGGGCUUCAAGGAGGUUACUUCAAGCUGCAAAACUCUGGGCCUCCAAUUGUAUGUAACUAGAUACUACUUGAUGAAACCUGGCUCAUUCAAGAAAUGAUCUCAUGGAAAUACUUGUCUUGCUAGACAUGAAAAUGGAGGGAAAAGCCAGAAUAGAUUAAUAGUGCUUUACUCACCUGUUUCUAUCACUGGAGGAAUUGCAUCCUUCCUGUCUGUUUUUAAGUCUCUUUUCUUAGAUAGUAAUAGUGAAAUUAUAAUAACCGGUGGUCUUUGGCUGACAGCUGUAGUUCACAUUUUUCUACCUCUAAAAAUAAGAUUUUUAGAGUUGACCAAAAGUGCUUUACAAUUAACUCAGUUUGUUUGAGCUUGUUCAUUCUGAUAGAACUCUGAAGCUCUAAAACAAGCCACAGAAUUGCAGAGAGAAUGUCUAUCUUAUUUGGCCAAGCAAAGAGGAACACUAUUACAAGUGACAGCUUGUGGUCUGUCUUACUGGAUGCCUAUCUGCAAACCUUUUUUAGCAGCCUUAGAAGAAAGCAGAAGCAACAAAACAAGCUUCCCCCUAACAGCAAAUUUGAAGAGAAACAGUCACAUAUGACUUCAAACAGUUCUAGACUACGUAGACAGCACAAGCCUUUUCCCAGACCUGGGGGACUGGUUUUGCCUCUAAAAUAAGCUUCUAGCAUCUCCUUUUUAGAGCAGUAACUACCAACCUGAGUCUUGCACCAUUGUGAUCUCGUAGCACCUGACCAUUAGAAAAAUGGCUGCUUCCUCACUGACAUAGCAAUGCUACUAGAUUGUUCUAGGCUAUCUUGGUAUUGCUUGGUUGACCUGCUACGUUGUAGAGGAAUGAAGCACUGCAGUACUGCAAUAUAACAUACUCCUUACCAAAAAAAAAAAAAAAAAAAAAAAAAAAGCAGCAAAA